AAGGCAUGAGUUGUGCGCUACCCGACUCCGUAACACACCUUCCCAAUCCCCAAGUAUCGUCACAUAAUUUUGGACUCCCGCUUCCCAUUCUUCUGGAUCGGCAUAAAUGAAUGAAACACAGGGAAAGCUCGUAAGACAGUCGCUCAGGACCACGUUGUGUCAAACCACCGAACGACCAGGAGUUGAUCCAGUGGAGUUGAUCUAGACACAACAGUAUGAGUGUUCAUUGGGACCUGAUCUCCAGCCUCUCCGAUGUGUAGGACAGCCGCUCGGUGUCUUCCAUCCCCUCAGGACUCACGCUGUGAUGAACGGAUUAGGUUUUUGACUGCCAGGACAAAUGAAUACAAAUGAAUUUAGCGACCCGAAGGAGAGAUUGCAGAACCUCUCAUCUCGACACAAAGAGAGCUCUAUUGCUCUGCACAGUUCUCUACUGUACUUGUUACCUAGGUCUCGCCCAAGUACACUCUGAAGAUGUGGACAUCCUUCAAAAGCUGGGGCUCAAGGGAGAGAAGGCGUCACGCUCACUUCCAGCCGGAGUCAUCCCGUUCCGAUCUGGGAUCAUCCUCACCCAGCGGGCGCAGGUCGAGGCCCCGCUCCUCUCCGUUCUGCCGGCCGGCGUCUGGCCCGACCUGCUGAUGGUCCUCAGUGUACGCUCGCACCGCGUCAACAGCGCCUUCGUCUUCAGCCUGCUCUCGGCUCGCAACAAGCUCCUCCUGGGACUGCAGCUCGGCCAGCCUGGUCAGCUGCUCCUCCACACAGGGCCCAGGACCUCGGUGUCACUGCCCUAUGACCCCCAUGACGGCCAGUGGCACCAACUGGCCGUUGGAUUGAGCGGAAAUAGGGCGACUCUAUAUGCCUCCUGCGGAGAGCAGAGUGUCCACGCAGACUUUAAGUGGGAGGGCGAGGGCGAGGGGCUCGCUCAAGAACUCCAGGGCUCCUUCUUGCUUGGGAAAAGCAGCCAUCAGCAGACCUUGGCACAGUUUGAAGGAGCCAUCUGCCAGUUCGACCUGAUACCCUCUGCGCAGGCAGCUUACAACUACUGCAAAUACAUUAAGAAACAAUGCAGGGAAGCAGACACAUACAGGCCUAACCUCCUACCCCUCAUGCCCAUCCUCCCCCGGGAAAACGUCAAUAAAACAAGUACGCCAACCGCCCCUGGUCUUCAGGACGGGGUACGAAGGACCCCGGGGUUGAGUCUGGCCCGGAGUGUGGCUGCCGCUGCCUCUGCCGUCAGAUACGUGGACCCGAUCCUCCCCACAAAACCCAGACCCAACAAGACGACCGCCACUCCGACGGUGCGUGGAACGGUGGCCCCGGUCACAGCCCAUGCCAGGCUCUUCUCCCCUCCCCCCAAGACCCGGUCCCAAAGUGUCACAGCCCCACUGAGGACCAAAGUAACCCAGACUAAACCCUACCCACCCAAAGGCUCUACUCCAAAGGUCGCUAAGCCCACCCCACCAAAACCAACCCGGCACAGCAAUUUUGGGAAAACCACAGCGGGAACGACUCACAAGAAAAAGCCUUCUGUUUCUGUAACCGCUAACACCAAGCCCCUCAAGAAGAAAACAGAACCAAACCAAGUAUCCGUCCCAAAGAAACCGACAACCCCGGCCAAAAAGCCAUCGCCAAAGUCUAAGUGGACCACCGCCAAAUCCCGUCCAUCCAGACUGACACCUGCCAAAGCCAACUCAUCUCGAGUCGCCCCUUCUAAAGCAGCUUUUGCCAAACCUAAACCAUCCAAUCCCAGUAUCUCAAAAACCAACCCGUCCAAUACCAUCAAGCCAACCAAAUCGGUCACCACCCCUCCAAAUCUGAUGAAGACCACCACCACCUCUCCCGUAACCCAGCGCCCAACCAGGGGGUCCUAUUCCCUGGUGACCCUGCCUGCUACUGACGGCUUCCAGAGUUGGGACGUACCACCCACCCAGUUCUCCUUGCUAGCAGGACCUCCGGGGCUGAAGGGAGAGCCUGGCCCACCAGGCCCGUCAGGACCUCCAGGGAAGCUGGGCCAGUGGGGAAAGAGGGGUCCCAGGGGGACUCCCGGUCCCCAUGGGAACCCCGGCCGACCGGGCCCACCUGGACUCAAGGGGAAGAAGGGAGACCCGGGUAUGUCCCCUGGAGCCGCCCCGAAAGGAGAGAAGGGGGACUCCGGCCCCGUGGGCCCGCUGGGAGUGCCUGGCCUAGUCGGUCACAAGGGGCAGAAGGGCCACCCUGGUGCUGCAGGCCUACCUGGGGAAGGGGGCCAGCAGGGUCCAGUAGGAAGCCCAGGUGCCAAAGGUUAUCCUGGCAGGCAGGGUUUACCAGGGCCCGUAGGACCGAUGGGCCCCAAAGGCAGUCGGGGUUUCAUUGGGAUCCCAGGGCUGUUUGGCCUGCCUGGGCCUGACGGGGAACGAGGCGCUCCGGGGGAGCCAGGGAAGAGGGGGAAGAUGGGUAGGCCGGGCUUUCCAGGUGACUUUGGAGAACGAGGACCACCUGGACCAGAUGGCAACCCAGGUGACCUGGGAGCCCCUGGGCCCAGUGGAGUGACCGGGCUGAUUGGUGACAUGGGGCCGGUUGGAGAGAUAGGCUUGUCUGGACCAGGUGGACUGAAGGGGGUACCAGGAAACCCAGGCGAACCAGGACUGAAAGGUGAUAAGGGUGACCUUGGAAUUCCUGGACAUCAAGGAGAGAUAGGCUUCAAAGGAGACAAGGGCAUCCAGGGACCCCCAGGGUUACCAGGGGUACGGGGGAAACCUGGACAACAGGGUAAAACAGGAGAAAGGGGUCCUGACGGCAUUUCUGGCCCCCCAGGGGCUGAGGGUUUCCCUGGCGACAUGGGACCGCCGGGAGAGAACGGUCUUGAAGGAGAAAAGGGGAAGCUGGGUGUCAGAGGGUUGCCUGGCCCAACGGGGGUCCCAGGACUGGAGGGAGAUGAAGGACCCCUCGGACCACCAGGGCUGACGGGACUGGAGGGGAGAAUGGGGAGAAAGGGUUUUCCUGGAAAGAUCGGGGAAGAAGGCGUAAAGGGAGAGACUGGCAUCAGCGGCAUUGUUGGACCGAUGGGAGAAAGAGGGUUGGUGGGUUUCAUCGGACCAGUCGGAGAGAGCGGCCUGGCUGGAGAGAAGGGGGAUCGAGGUGGGAUGGGCUUGCCUGGACCAGCUGGAGAAAAGGGAUCAGAGGGUCACCCAGGGACACCGGGGGCGGGUGGGCCUUCAGGACCACCUGGAACCAAAGGUCCCCCUGGAUCCAGUGGGCCGAGCGGGACCAGAGGAGCCAAGGGCAUGAGGGGAGCGAGAGGGCCUGAUGGUUCAGUGGGAGAGCUGGGGCUAGAGGGCAAAAAGGGUGCAGAUGGCCCCGUGGGUAAAGAGGGCCUGUCAGGACCCGAGGGACCGACCGGAGACCUGGGGGACGUCGGGCAGAAAGGGUUUCCAGGUGUUCAAGGCCCCUCCGGAUCUCCAGGGGACAAAGGGAUAGCAGGCGAGCCGGGACCCUCGGGGCCGGCAGGGACCAUAGGACCGCUGGGGGAACUAGGUCAACAAGGUCCUCCAGGAAACAUCGGUGACCUGGGGCUGAUGGGUGAACCAGGAGAGAAGGGAGCCAUUGGCGCGUCUGGAAACAUGGGGGAGCAAGGACUGAUCGGACCUCGUGGGGAGCCAGGCCUGGAGGGGGAGGCGGGUGCAGCUGGUCAUGAUGGAACCAAGGGUGAGAAGGGUGACAUGGGCCAGGAGGGAAACAACGGGGACAAGGGAGAGCUGGGACUGAAGGGUAAAGAAGGCACACCUGGCUUUACUGGCCUCACCGGCGUCAGGGGUCAAGAGGGUAAAUCUGGCAAGAUGGGAGAGAGAGGGAAAAUUGGACUAAAGGGUGCCAAAGGUCCAAUCGGUCACCUUGGAGAGACCGGGCCCAUGGGGAAGCUUGGGCCCCCAGGGUUCGUUGGUCAGAAGGGCUCCAGGGGAACCACAGGACACGUGGGCGCCCCCGGUCGGAUGGGUCAGCAGGGAGAGGUCGGUCUCGGGGGUUAUGAGGGCCACCAGGGAUCAUCAGGGCCCAUCGGGGGUCCGGGGCCCAAAGGUGAAAAGGGCGAGCAGGGGGACGACGGGAAGGUGGAAGGGCCUCCUGGAGCUCCGGGCGACAUUGGAACCCCUGGCGAUCGGGGAGAGAGGGGCGAGUCGGGAGACCCGGGCUACAUUGGUCAGAUCGGUUUUGAUGGCGGGAGAGGGAAGUCCGGAGCCCCUGGCCUACCUGGUCACCCUGGCCUGCGUGGGAGGCAAGGCCCCAAAGGAUCCAAAGGAGAUCAGGGUCAAAAAGGCAAGCAGGGUCACAUCGGCGCAAAAGGAUCAAGAGCAUUACAGGGCGUGGUCGGGCCCAUGGGUCCCAGGGGGGUGGUGGGCCGGGAGGGCCAGGAGGGGCUGCCUGGCAUGGAUGGACAUCCAGGGAAGGAUGGCAACAAAGGCAUGCCGGGGGAACACGGAGACGACGGGGACUUUGGUGUGAUCGGUAACGCUGGUGCACGGGGUAAACUCGGAGGUCCAGGACUUCCUGGCGACCAGGGGACGUAUGGGCUGAAGGGCGAGCGGGGUCUUCCGGGACAAGUGGGACCCAGGGGGAAGAGGGGUUUCAGGGGCGGGAUGGGACUGCCAGGGACCCAAGGAGACCAGGGACAUAAAGGAAGACCUGGAGACUCAGGCGGACCUGGUUUUCCUGGCUUCCUGGGACUACUUGGACCAACGGGGGCCCCCGGAGACUAUGGACCAAAGGGCAUCCAGGGGCCAAAGGGGCCCCAGGGUAUGAUGGGCAUAGGGGGGUCGGCCGGUCUUAUGGGAAUCAUCGGUCCUAAUGGAAGUGCUGGUCCUAGAGGAGAGAAGGGCAACCGUGGAGAGAAUGGAUUGCAAGGACCAACGGGAUCUCCCGGACCGCGCGGGCCCCCCGGACCACCUGGCCCUCCAAGUAUUCCUGCCUCAUUUAUGGAGGAUGGUCUUCAUUUCUUUGUGGAUCCACCCACCCCACUCAGGACUGAGCAUCUUCAUGAGCCGGCGAUGGACCUGCCAAUGCUGGACCAGGGCGCAGAGAUCUUCAAGACCAUCCACUACCUCAGUAACCUGAUCCAGAGCCUGAAGAACCCGCUGGGCAACAGGGACAACCCCGCCCGCAUCUGCAAGGACCUCCACAGCUGUGAACACAAAGUGAAAGAUGGCACUUAUUGGAUUGACCCCAACCUAGGCUGCUCCUCAGAUACUGUAGAAGUCUUCUGCAAUUUUACUGAAGGAGGGCAGACCUGCCUCAAGCCAAUCACAGUAUCCAAGCCGGAAAUGAGCGUUGGCCGUGUGCAGAUGAAGUUCCUGCACCUGCUGAGCUCCGAGGCGGUGCAGCACAUCACGGUCCACUGCCUGAAUGCCGCUGUGUGGAGCGAGGAGGACGGCCGGCCCCCUGGCCCCGGCGCGGCCACCUUCAGGUCCUGGAGCGGGGAGAUGAUCCAUGCCGGAGGGGAGCUGGCCCCACACGUCACAGAGGACUCCUGCUGGAUGAAAGACGGGCGCUGGCACCAGACUCACUUCGUCUUCCACUCGGCCGACCCGACGCUCCUCCCCGUGGUGGACAUCCUCCACCUGCCCCGGACCAGCCCUGGCUCACACUACCACCUGGAGGUGGGCCCUGUGUGCUUCCUGUAGCACCAGCCAACCCCCGCACCUUUGCUGGGCUGCAGGGGGAACCCUCUCUCUCUCACUGGGUGACUCCUGCUGCACCGAGGUGGCCAAGAAGAUACAGCACAUCCCCGAGUACUGUCCUUCAGGGCACCUCCCGGCUCUGCCCCUCCAACAUCCCCCCUCCCCUAGCCUGGCCGGCCAACAUCACAUUGGGGCGGGGGUGUUCACAGAAACAGAAGAGAAGCAGGACGAGGGGGACGAGGAGGAGGAGGAGGAAGAGGAAGGGCUGAAGAGGAGGUGAAGGGUGGAUGGGGCUCUUGCACUAACAGCUCCUUCAGAGGGCAGUAGGGGGGAUGGUUCCCCCCUUGUAUGGGUGCCAACAUGGGGCCACCCCAAUGCAGAAAUUAAGUUUCAUGCCACCUAGUCUCUCUGGAACAAUGCUAAAGUGAGGAGAGAAACACGGCCUAGCCCAUUUUGUGUUAACUUUACCAACAGUUGGACCUUGUAGUAACUUAUUGUCUGUUAUGGUAUACUGUAUUGUAUACCUACUGCGUGAACUGUUUGUUUUUUUUGGAAAAAACACAGACACAAUUCUGUUUAAAGGAGAAUCAUUAAGUCAGUAGGAGUACUUAAAUGUACAUAUAUAUAUGCUUAUUGCUUAACGUUUAUACAUGUAUAUCUUAUGUAAAGAAAUAAUCUUCAAGUGCAAUAGAAAAUGAGAAGAUCAUUUUAUAGUCUAAACAUGUCAAAUGAUAUUGAAGGCCUUUCAGGGGUGCUGUUCUAUUAGCCUUUGGUGCUCAUCUCCUGUCAAUCAAGUAUAUGUGAAUUGUUACACAAUUAUAUUGAACCGCAAAAAAAAUCGUUAUUGUUCCCCUCAAAUGUAAGCUCAAAUGUAAGCUCUUUUUUUUUAAGUAAAACAAAUCCAUAAGAAGGGGCAUCCAAUCAGAUUUCAUUAAACGUUAUUAAGAAGCUACGUAUAGAGACCCCGAGGAUUCGCCACCCUCAAUAUUUGAAAUGAAUACAAAUAACAAUGUGAUUUUUGAGACAGAUCUGGCCUUGAUAUAUAUUCUUGCAAAUAUGUAGUUUAAAUUCUCAAGAGUGCAUUAUUUUCGACGGUGAACUUUAUCUCAACCGUGGAACGUGAAGUCAGAUGUAGAUACUAAUCCCAAAGAAGUCCCUGCUUCUCUCACUUUCUGUUUCCAGAGGCUUUUAUAAACCACAGAGAGAUAAAGGAUUAUUAUCUUCUGGUCCAGGUACGUCUAUUGGACAGGCUAUAGCUACAGGCAAUCCCUGGGAGCGAAGACUGAGCCAGAGUCCAAACACACUCCUUCUCUCACUAUCUCACACUCUGUGCAAAGCCAGGCUGGAGUUGGGAGUCACUGUGCUGGCAAAUGUGAAGCUGUUAAUCUGAAAUAAAUGCACCCAUCUUACUUUGGUUAAACUGACUCCCAAAAGCUUCUCUCUCUCUCUCUCUCUCUCUCUCUCUUGCAUGGCGCUAAGUAGGGUUGAGGUGCUCACCUAGUGCUCUAAUUACACCACUUUGCAAAAAGAAUGAAUAAUAAAUAUACAAUUAUUCUGAUAAAUAUAAAUGCAUGCAUGCUCUAUUUAAAAACAAACAAACAUGUAGGCAUAGUUUAUUGCCAAAGCUUAUUGAACUUCCCCAUCCUCUUAUUGUUAUAGCCCAUCCAGAAACGAACACAAUGCAUAGUUGCUUGAUGAUUUCAAAUCUUGUUUGCCUUUUUUUAUUCAUGUUUCUGUUGUACUGCAAUAUUCAGAGGUAUAUAUUUUAAGAAAAAUCUUUUCAUGGAUAAUAAUAUACAGUGCAUCAAUAGUGCACUUCCACAAUCCCUGCCACACAUAGUGUAUGCAAACACACACACUGAGUUGUAUGUACUAUCUCUUGCAACACUUCUAGUGGAAAUAGUUUGAUCACAUUUAUUUUCUGUGCUGUAGUUGAAAACUGUGUAUAAUUGUGCAAGUCUUGCUAUAUACAGUGAUCCCCUCUUGCUAAUUUAAUGUUAUUUAAUGUUGUAAAAGUGGUUUCUGAUAGAGCUAGGUGCUGAUUUAACAAUAGUAGUAUUUCUGACUAUUUUAUAUAACAGUUUGCCCAACUGGUCUUGGAGUUAUAGAUGUUUUUUAUGUGUAAAUGUUAGGCUCCAGAGGAAAAAAUAUAUUGCAAUGUUUAUUGUCUUUUAUUUUUUUAUUUUAUUGGCUUUAUUUUUUUUCCUUUAUAAUAAUCAACAUGUACUGUACAAGGACUUUGUUCAACUCUAUAACUUGUCUUUAAUGGAAAUUUUUAAGUUCUGUACUAUUUGUAAAUUCGUUGUAGAAAUUAAAAUGAGCUAAGAAUACCUCACAUUAUUCCUUAUGACUUGGUAGAAACUCUUCCUGAUCUGUUGUGGAAAUAUCAAAACAUCAUCCAACUCUGGAACAGGAACAACCCUGGUGCUUUUAUCUGUUGUGUAUCUGUUAACCUUUCUCUGUUCAAUGUUCAGUUGUCUAAUAAAUACAAUGAAUAUGUGUCAGGACCAUUACUUAAAGAACCACUACGUUGUAGUCCAGGGGCCUUCAAUUAAAAUUGAAGACUUGCUAAAAAUUCCUUCCAAGAAAGGUCUGAACCUACCAGGUACAUUAGGCCUGCAAUUCAAGUAAACAUAAAAAGUUCAUAAGGCCUACAUGUGAAGUAAGCAGAACAGGAACACUAGGCCUACACUUCAAAUAAACACAAAGUGCAGCCUACAUUUCAAGUAAGCAAAACAGGUACACCAGACCUACAUUUCAAAUAAACACAAAAAGAGAAUUAGGCCUUCAGUUCAAGUAAGCAAAACAGUGUCUCAAGUGGUGUUAGACCCAACAGGUCCUCAAAGAUCUCUUUCUUGUCUUGAUGAAAC